AUGUGGGGUGGUUCCACGCUGGCGACCUCGUACGCUAGCUCACACGUCACCACCUCCAAGUCAGCACAUCCGACCGUGCAAGUUCUCGUUUUCGACACAAACGGGCGGGUCCCCACCUCGUCGUCCCACGGGGUGCAGAUGGCGAAGAGCCUCCCGUUGUGGAAGAGGAUAUCCAACACGGCCCAGGUCGGGUCGCCGGGGGAGCACACCGCCAGCCGGUCCCACGUGCUGCGGCCGAGGUUCUCGAAAAGGGAGAAGACGACCGCCACGAGUACCGUGGGGCCCGUGGAACAAACUCGGGCUAGGGUGGUGAUGAGGGGGGAGGAGAUGUCCAGCCCGGCGUUCUCGAAGCAGCCGGUCGCCAGCUCGUCGAAGAAGGGGAGGGUGGAUAAAGGGGGGAGGUCCCGGGUGGCGCCCGACAGUGGGUCCCACAGGACCAUCGAUAUCUCCGUGUCCGGCUGGCAAGGGGCGUGGCCCACCAGGAGAAGCCAGCCGUCGCCGGAGCCGCGGCAGGACCAACGGUGGCGGCCGGGGAGGAGGUGGCGGGGCAGAGGGAACCGGGAGGUGGAGAGGGGGUCGUCCGAGGGAAGGAUGAGCCACGGGGGAUCGGGUCGGACAGGGAAUUCGGCACGUGUGAGCGUGUCCCUCCACGAGCGGCAGACGAGCAUCAUGCGAGUUCGGUCACCCAGGCACAGGUUGCCGAAUAUCCGGCCAAUUACGUCAUCUGGGAGACGGUGGAAUGAAGAUGAAGAAGAAAGGGGGUUGUGGGCCCCACGGGAAAACCCGGGGAUGAAGGACGUGAAGCGACGAGAGUACCACUUGAGGAAAGGGAACAUGAUGGAGAAGAACAUUGUGAAUUUUGUAUGGAGAGAUACAUAUAUAAUUAAUUAA